GGGCGAGUGUCUGUCUGUCUGGGGGAGUGCAGCAUGGUGGGGGUCUGUCUGUCUUGGAAACACAGGGAGGGGGAGGUCUCUGUCCGAGGGGCAGCGCGGGGUGGGGGGUGGGCUGUCCGUCUGUCUGGUAGCCCCCUCAUCCUGCCCCCCCUCUUCCAGCCCCUGCACCUGAGGCCGCUCCGUGAUGAGCUCCAAGACCAAGCGGGUGCUGCCCACCCGCCCUGAGCCCCCCAGCCUGGAGCAGAUCCUGGCCGACGUGCGGAGCACCCACCCGGCCGACCCCGUCUUUCUCCUCCCCGCCGAGCCCCACCGGGACCACGACCCCUCCCCAGGCUUCCCCGGCUCCAGCAGGCAGGAGGCUGCCGCUGAGGAGAGGGAGCGGCUGUACCGGCAGAGCCGGUCCUACGUGGAGAUGAACCAGCGGCUGCAGGCAUCCCGGGAGCGGCUGCGGCAGCAGCGGGAGGAGCUGCGGCAGGCAGGAGAGGCGCUGGAGCAUGGCAUCGCCGAAAUGAGGCAGAAAGCGUGCUGAGGCUGGCCGUGUCGGUGCUCGGGACUUCUCUCUGUGGCCGGCCCGGACUACCACGGUUGCAGUUUCGCCUGCCCAAACUGGGGGUAGAACCAAUUGCGUUUGAUUUGCCGGGGGAUCUGGCAUUGCUGCGGUUUGCCAGCGCCUCUCCGGCGCGCCAGAGGGCUGGGGCUGGGGCUGUGCCGCCUCGGCAGCCUGACCUUUCCCCGGGGAGUGGUGGGACCUGCUCCCUGUGCCGGGGAGGGGCCGUCCGGGCGCGGCAGCAGGUUCCUGGUGCGGGAGGAAAGGCUCAGUCCCCACGUUAGGUUCCUGUUGUCUGUGAACUCAGUGCCCUUGUCGCCGGUGGGUGGCAUGUCAUCUGCGCCCUUGCGCCGCGGCUUCACCUAUGACUUCUCCAUCUGGUACUGCCCCGAGGAUGACCACAUCGCCUCCUGCAUCUCGGAGCGCUUGAAGAAAGAGGGGUUUCGGGGCUACGCAGAGCACCAGGACCAAGUGGCCGGGAUGUGUGUCAUCCAGACUGCCGUCGAGGUCAUCGAGGCCAGCCGGGUGGCCAUCCUCCUCCUCUCCGCCAAGUCCCUGGGCGACCCGUGGUGCCAGCGUGUUUCCCAGUGGAACCUGUAUCACAUCAUCCACAGCCACGGGACCAAGAUGAUCCCUGUCUACGUCGGCGUGAAGAAAGCCGAGGUGCCUCCCUUCCUGCAGCACCUCAUCGAGCUGGAGUACCAGACCGAGUUCUUCUUCGACCGGCUGAUGAAAAGCCUGAGACCGCCCCACUCGGGAGCACGCAAAGCCAGGGCUGCCUCAUCUUCCAAAGCCAAGAGCUGAGGGACCCUGGGGGCCGGGCUCUGGUUUUGCAGCCUGUUUGGGGUCUGAUGGCCCCAUAGCCGUGGUGGCAGGAGUGGAGUUAUCCUGUACUGCUAAUAAAGGUGGUGGCAACGGGUCACCGCAGCGCUGGG